UGUUACCGCACGCCGAUCGCAUGGUCGUGCGAGCGUGUGUCCGUGUGCUUACAAUAACGCGAAUGCGAGCAAAGUGUGCGUAGUCGAAGGAUGAGUGUCGGCCGACCGGAGCUUCCAGCGAUCGCGUGAAAGUUGAAACGCCCUCACCGAUCUGCCAUGGAUGGCUCUUACGAAUUGCUGCUGCUGUCCCUGAACAACUCGGCCAACUCGAGUAGCCGCGGUAAAAAUGGUAGCUCAGAGUACGAGUCAACGAUGUGGUCGACGACUGCGAGUCUGGACAACGAGUCCAAGUCGUGGUACUCGAACGACGACGAGGCACUGCUGCACCAGUACGCGUGGAUGGCCGAGCCGGUCCGCGAUCCCUUGUACGUCGUAGUGCCGAUCAGUAUAAUCUACGCGUUGAUAUUUGUGACGGGCAUCAUAGGGAACGUGAGCACGUGCAUCGUGAUAGCUCGCAACAAGUCGAUGCACACGGCGACCAACUACUACCUGUUCAGUCUCGCGGUCUCGGACCUCCUGCUUCUCGUCCUCGGCAUGCCGGUCGAGAUAUACCAGGUCUGGUACAAGUACCCCUACAUAUUUGGCGAGGCCUUUUGCGUCCUGCGAGGCCUGGCCGCCGAGACCUCGGCCAACGCGUCGGUGCUCACGAUCACGGCUUUCACGGCCGAGCGGUACGUGGCAAUCUGCCACCCCUUUCUCUCCCAGACGAUGUCGAAGCUCUCGCGCGCCAUCAAGCUGAUACUCUUCAUCUGGCUGGUUGCGUUGUUGUGCGCCGUGCCCCAGGCCAUACAGUUCGGCCUGGUGCCCCUGCCCUACGACCCGAAGCUGUUCAUUUGUUCGCUCAAGGAAGUCAUGUUUGAGAACUCGUUUGUGGUGGCGAGCGUCGUUUUUUUCGUGGUGCCGUUUCUCGUGUUGUUGGUGCUGUACGUUAUGAUCGGCAUAAAGCUCAAGGCCACCACGAUCGUGAAAGAGCGGAAAAAACAGGCCCCAGUGCCGAAGCAUUCAGCCAGCUUGAGGGUUAAAGUCGGCAGCUCAAGGAUGGAUAAGCACUGCAGGCAGUAUCAUUGCAAGUCUACCAGGAGGGUGCUCAAAAUGCUUGUCGCAGUCGUGUUGACCUUCUUUGUUUGUUGGCUGCCAUUUCACGUGCAGCGAUUGGUUGCUACGCUUGAGAAAGAACAACAACAGCAAUCACAGGAGAGUAAUGAAAGAAUGGCACUCGUUUACGUGAUCUCUACCUAUGUAUCGGGAAUACUCUACUACUUCUCAACGACAAUCAAUCCGAUUCUCUACAAUAUUAUGUCCCACAAGUUUCGAGAAGCUUUUAUGGAAACACUGGCAAGAAGCUGUAGGAUGUCUCGUACACGCGACAAACGUUCAUAUUUGAUUUUGUCACGGUCACAACAACGUAAUCAUGGUACUUGUCCCUCCAAGACUACCGGAUUAAGUCUUGGCACUGCUUUGGUGCAGGUAAGACAUUUACUCGUCUCUGCGUUUCAGCAUGAAUUCAUACAUAGGUAA